AUGUCAGGUUUCCAUCAACCCCAGUCUCAGUCCGAUUCUGCUGCCGCCCCACCAACUCCAUCUCAUACUCCUGCCAUCCCAACCCCGCCUCCUGCGCCAUCACAACUUUCCCAGCGCUAUGCCAAUAGAGCCACAAGUGCAUUUGCGCGGUUUGCGCAUCCGUUCAUCUAUGGCUCUAGGCCACCCAGUCCCCAUCCAAGUGUGCCGCGGGAAGCGCCAGUGGCCAUCCGCUCUGGACAGUCCAUAGUGCUUCCUGGUUCCUCACAAACUAUCGCGCUUAAUACAAAAGUUCCCAUUUCGGCCCUUGAUAUUUCGCCUCAACGAACACACGCCAUCGUUGCCGGGCGCGGGAUCCUUAAAACAAUUCGUGUAGCUCAGGAUAUUUGCGAGGAAGAAUUCGACCUUCGCGCGGCUAUAUUUUCAUAUCACACGAGCCGCCAUGUAUCAACAGGUGCUGCAAAACGCAAGGACCAACUUGCCGUGAAGGACGUGAAGUGGUCUCAUGGGGAAUACGAUCGCAUCAUCGCGACAUCUGUCAUGAACGGGAGUAUAUUUAUCUACGAUCUAAACCGUCCAGGCCUUGAGCUGGGCAGGCUCCAGGAACAUAAUCGUCAGGUCCACAGACUAGCAUUCAACCCCCAUCGCGGGGCUUGGCUCCUAUCUGGCAGCCAAGAUGCUACGAUUCGGAUGUGGGAUCUGCGCAUAUUGUCCGGGGAAAGAGGCGCGAUGAACUUUGGUAGCAAAACGAGGUUCAAUGGCCAUAGCGAGGCUGUCAGGGAUAUCAGGUGGUCACCGGUUGAUGGCGUUGAAUUUGCAACAGCUACUGAUAGUGGCGCUAUCCACCGCUGGGAUGUUCGAAAGGACAAUGCUCCCUUGAUGAAGAUCAAUGCCCACGAAAAGCCUUGCUUUUCGAUUGACUGGCAUCCCUAUGGAAAGCAUGUUGUAAGUGGCAGUACCGAUAAACAGGUUAAGGUGUGGGACUUUUCGUCUACAGAUCGGAGACAGAAGCCAUGUUUUCAGUUCCGCACCCCGCAGGCUAUUCACAAUGUGCGCUGGCGUCCACCUUCCUUGGGUUUGGAGAAUCAAGAAAAUUCAAAUUGGCAGUCGACGCAAGUCAUUACCAGUUAUGACAACGAGGAUCCGCGUAUUCAUAUCUGGGAUUUUCGUAGACCACACAUUCCAUUUAAAGAGAUCGAUCGUUACAAAACAUCACCUACCGAUCUAUUAUGGCAUUCUGGUGAACUGUUAUGGAGUGUGGAUGUAGAUGGCAUUUUCACCCAAACAGAUGUUGAAUUUGCGCCCCAGGUGAUUCAGCGUCGAAAACCUUGUUCAGUAUCAUGGAGCCCAAAUGGUGAUAUUAUCGCCGUGAACUACAAACGUCCCCCAAGACCGGGGUUGAACGUGAGUUUGGAUUCAGCGGAGUUCUUGGGUCUUAAGACAGGAAGACUUAGCAGUGGGGACAAGGGGACAGUUAGCUUCAGCUUGACAGAUGACAGUCUAGACGAAUCUGUUGCUUCCUCGUUAAGAAGGAGAUGGAACAAAAGCACAUAUGGGAGGGGAUCUAAAUCACUAAGCGGCACUUCACCAAUGUCAGAACCCGGCCCAACGGUUAUUUCUCUUGAGAAAGCUAUUGCACAUAGUGGGGUGUUUGAGCUAAAGCAAACUGGUGCUAUUGGCCAUAUUUCCGGUGCUACGUUUGACCCAGGAAUAUUCAGAUAUUUUGCUAAACACUAUGCGCCAUUAAUGGAUAGUGUGGAUAUAAAACGUCCUUCGUUUAGUCUGCUAGAGAGCCUGCGGGUCAGCUUUGAUCAGAAUGCGGAAUGCGCAGAUGACGCCUCGCUGUAUAGGCUAGCUCAAACAUGGAGAAUCAUGAAAUCCGUUGUCAUUCAAGAGAUAGAAUUUCGAAUGAAGCACGCUGCGUCCGCUCCAGAGAAACAGAUGGAGAACACGAAAUCGAGAAUGUCAGGGGAUGGUAAUGCUACUAACAGAUCCCACAAUAUGGAAGAAACUGUUCCGGAUAAGCUCAAGAGUCGCCUGUUCAAAGGUGUGAUAGAAACAGAAAGUCCUGCCCGCACACUGACCGAUCCGGAAACUACGUCGAACAUGACAACUCCUCUUGCCAAGCCGUUGCCGGAUUCUCCUGUCGCUAGUAAAAGUAAGGGGUCCAACUCCUCGGGCUCUGAUUCAGACCACGAGCUUGAUGACAUACCACCCCUGCCGCCGUCUGUUUUAAGCUCCAGCGGAGGAGGCGCUUUCAGGCAAAAAGCAACUGAGGCUCGUUCAGCAGCUUAUUCCGAACGCUUCAGCACUAAUAAACAACGUCAAUCUAAUGUGAUUGACAAGGGUCAAGAUUCACCCCGCAGCUUGUCACCAGAUCGCAUACCCAGGCGAGAGUUGACUGCUUCUGAUCUCUUUUCCGGAAGGAGAUCCGCUCCUCGUGCCAUCUCAGGAAGAGCCAAUUGGCGUUUGCACGAUAUUAGCACAUAUGAAAAUCGCGAUCUCGAAGAGGAAGACUUUGACCAGAAAGUAGAGGAGCAGAGAGCUGCUCUUCGAGAUUUUAAAUCUUUCCCAAAGAGGGUUUUGUCGCUUGAUCCUACGUCACAUGGUCAUGCUGAAGUUCCUCCCCCAGUUUCCUACGCACGUCAUGAUUCUGCGGAAAGCUUUCCAAUGUUUUCUGCUGCCACUGAUAGUUCUCAAAGGACCAAAUCCAACAGUGAAUCAUAUUUGCCACAGACGAAGCCGGAGGGAACUUCUCAAAAGAAUGUUGGUGCCUGUGAAUCUGCAGCUGGAAGCUCGUUGGGGAAAAUAAACGAGUUUAAAAAUGAUUCCUUCCCGAAAUCGGCCCAUGAGAAAAUUAGUGCCCUUUCCUCAGAAGAUUCUUCACUUGUGAAGUUGCCAUCAGAGUCCAACAAGGUGAAUCUCGAACGACCGCAGAGUCCUCUCCCAUUCCUAGCAGAAACAUCCAUUUUAAGGGAUCUAUCACCUUGUCGAACACAGGGUCCUGUUUCUUCAAGAAAGCCUACUCUUGGUUGUCGAGAUCAUCCUACUCUUUGCCCUCCUAAACGUUCGGAGGAAGCUGGUAUCACAUUCCCUCUCCCUCCUUGCCCGACUGAUAAUCAGCCAUGGAGUCCACGCAACAUUAUUAAAGAGGCUCUUUUAUAUUACUGCUCGAGUUCGCCAGUUGACAUACAAUCUGCGGCGCACAUGUUGAUUAAAUUGCAUUUUCUCUUUUCCUCAUGUGAGCAAAUUCUUCCAUAUGAGCAGCGCAAGCUGAUUUUCAAAACGUAUAACGAGCAACUUCUCCGACAGGGGAUGUUCGUUGAAGCUGCCGAACUUCGGCUUCUAUGUGUACCUACAUAUCCUGCUGUUUAUGAUUACGCCCAGCAAAAUACAUACAUCAACGUGUAUUGCUUCGAAUGCAAAAGGCCGUACGAGAACCCAACACGAGAUAACCGGCGAUGCCACCGUUGUGGUGUUCCGCAGUCACCGUGUACUAUAUGUAUGAGCCGAGAACCUCCCGUGGAAUGGACCCUACAGUCUUCUGUUUCAUUCGUUCAUUCUACAACCCCAGAGAUAUCACUCCAGGGUGGUAAUAGUCUUUUGAAUGAUAAUAUGCACUUCGAAAUGUCAGAUGACUACGUAGCCAAUCGUCCCCACGGCACCGCCCUCUGGUCCUGGUGCCAAGGCUGCGGUCACGGAGCCCACUCAGCAUGCCAAACUGCUUGGCUAAAGGACAUUUCCAUCAGCGAGGGCGGUUGUGCCACACCAGGCUGUCUCCAUGACUGCGGCCCAGGUCCGAGACGCGAUCAAUAUCGCGCGACUCUGCUUGAUGAAACCAAGCGCGUUCGGGAUGGCUCUUCUGGACGAAAAAGUAGUCUUGGCUUUGCAAAGAGAGACUCGUGGACUGCUGGGGAAAGCAAGGCUGUUGAGCGGGUGAGGGGGAUGCUGGGCGUUCCUUCUACACCAUCUGCUGCUGCGGGUGUAGCGCCAGCGGGACCCUCUACGGCGACUACUGGCGGCGGAGGGUUUGGUAGUGCUGGCUCCGCGAUACUCAUGUCCCCGAAGAAAGUUAGACUUGUCACUCCGAGUGAACAAUGGGAUCAGCAGCAGGGUGUUAAGGGGUUGGGAAUUGGAACUUGA